CCUUUUUUCUAAACCCCGACACUAUAACACCGAUGUAAGGGAUUCAGUUAUAGAUUGAGAUUAGGCAAGAGGUAAAAAAGGCUCCAUUGUUGUGUGAGGUAUUAUUGUAUAUAACGUACGCAAUAUGCUCGACAUCAUCCGAUUCUUUGCUCGAGUCCACACCCACUCCGACAUUCAACGUUAAGCUAUCGAUCAUGCUUCCAAAAACCUAUAAACAUGCCGUCUUUAAAGGCCUAAACGAGCCCCUAACCGUAGAGCAGACACCCCUUCGACUCCCCGGCCCCGGCGAAAUCCUCGUCAAAGUCGAAGCCUGCGGUGUCUGCCACACAGACCACUACGCCCAAAUCAACGUCCUAGGAAGCGGCUUCCCUCGCGUCCCCGGACACGAGAUCAUCGGGAAUGUAGCGGCUAUCGGCGACAACGUGAUGGGGUGGAAGGUAGGCGAUCGCAUUGGCGCUGGGUACCAUGGUGGACAUGAUGGCGGGUGCGCGCAGUGUAAGGACGGGUGGCCGCAGAUGUGUGAUAAUUUGGCUACGAAUGGGAUAAGUAAAGAUGGAGGAUUUGGCGAGUACUGCAUCCUCCGUGCUGAAGCUUCGGUUCAUAUACCCCUGGAUAUUGACGCUAAGACAUGUGCGCCUUUGCUUUGCGCGGGCUCGACGAUUUUCCAUGGACUGCGGAUUUCUGAUCUUAACCCUGGGGAUACGGUUGGUGUGCAGGGUCUAGGGGGUCUAGGCCAUGUUGCCGUUCAGAUUGCUGCGAGGAUGGGUUAUCGGGUUAUCGCCAUCUCACGAGGUCCGGAGAAGGAGGCUGCGGCGAGGAAACUUGGUGCUCAUGAGUACAUCGACUCGACCAAUGGCGAUAGCGGCGAGACUCUAAGGGCUUUAGGUGGCGCCAAUCUCGUUAUCAGCACCGCGAUGUCUGCCGAUGUCAUGACUCCCCUUCUGAAGGGACUUAAUAUCCUUGGAAAGCUGCUGAUCGUGAGCUUUCCUGGUAACAUUACGCUGGACCCGAUUACCAUGAUUAAUCGCGGACUAUCGGUUCAACUAUGCCCAAUCGCAAAGUCAGCCGAUUCUGAAAAGACUAUUGAAUUCGCGAGUCUGCAUAAUUUGCAUUGUGAGACUGAGACGUUUCCCCUAGAUCGUGCGCAGGAUGCUUUCGAUGCCAUGUUAAGUGGCAGGGUGCGCUUUCGGGCUGUUCUCACAAUGUAGCGGGAAUUUCCCAUGCUUAGUGAUUAGGGGGUAUGUAUAUUGUAGCACGAAGUCAUUUAGGUACCAC